AUGACCCCAUUCAGCACGAAAAAGGAGAACAGCAAUGUUUAUGAAAUGGUUUCCCUUCUAUCCUUAUUUGGAACUAGGAUAUAUUCAUAUCGAUGUGUUGAAGAUCAAUUCGAAUCACACAAAUCAAACAAUGUCCUUUGUAUGUGA